GAUACUUAAAUAUUUAAUAGAUUGUAUGGGAAGAAGGGAUGAACAUACCCCCGCCGAUAUUCUUGCGUUCAAAUGCGUCUCGAUAUUCGAAGAGAAAUGACGUGCUUUGUGACAAAGUAUUUAAACAUCAACCGGAUACUUUUACUCGCAAUUGGAAUGUGGCCUUAUCAACAAUCGCAACUCGUUCAACUUCAGAUAACUUUAUAUUACGGUAUUUUGAUGAGCAUCAUAAUAGUUCAAUUAACAUCUUUCUUAACUAUAGAAUGCACUUCUGACGUCGUGAUGAAAGUUUUUUCUACAAUUUUAUACUUCUUAUUUGGCAUAUCGGCCCUAUUUAUUGCUGUUGCCCAACCAUGGCUGCCACUCUUCCUAAAUACAUUUUUGUUCAUAAAUGUUUCUCAAACAUAUGCGUCGGCAUACAUUAUAACCGAAUACUUUAUCGAUGAAGAGAAAUACUUCUAUUUAAUCUUGCUUCACAUGAACGUAGUCUUUUGCCUAGGAACAUUUGCGCUAAUAGCUACUGGGACAAUGUUCAUAGUAUAUAUUCAAUGUACCUGCGCAAUAUUUAAAGUCGCCAGUUAUCGCAUCGAACGUGCUAUGGAUAUUGAUAUUACACGAACAAUUGAUUUAAAUAAUGAAAUUAAAAUAUAUAAUGGAAUAAUUCAUGCUGUGGAUAUUCAUCGUAAAGCUAUGAUGCUAUUCAAAUUUUUCCUUUCGACCUUCGAUGGAUUGUUUUGUUGUAUGUUUAUGUGCAUUAUAAUUUGCUUGAGUCUCAAUCUGUUUCAAGUUUUUCAGAUUAUAACGUUUGGAGAUAGUGUAGAUGAGCUGAUUGUACAUGCCAUAUUUAUAUGCGUUCUACUUCUAUAUGUAUUUAUAUCCAACUAUUUCGCGCAAGAAAUUUUAGAUCACAACAGUCAAAUAUUCGCAACUGUAUACAAUACCCGAUGGUAUACAGCUCCUUUGUAUAUACAGAAAAUGAUACUCUUCUUGUUGCAAAGAGGCACGAAACCCUUUACAGUGGAUAUUGGCGGAUUGUACGCGGCAUCCUUAGAAAGUACGACCAUAUUGAUAAAUACCUCCAUGUCUUACUUUACCGUUUUAUGUUCUACGCGAAGGUGA